GGAGAAACGCCCGCGAGCUUUCCUUCCCGCUGCGCUCCCUCCCACGGCCGCCCUCCCCGCGUUAAUCAUCAUCCGGCAGAGAGGGUUGUUCAGUUCAAGGGAAUGAAGAAUUCAGAAUAGUUUUGAGAAAUGGAUUCCAAUAUGGAGAAUAAAAAUAAGUUGAGUCUUUGACCUGCUUUGAGGAAACAUAUUGUCCAUUUGUCUAAAGUCAUCUGUAAUAGCCAAACCAGUGAAAAUGAAUUCAACGUUAUUUUCCCAGGUAGAAAAUCGUUCAAUCUAUUAUAAUUUUUCAGAGAAGAAUUCCCAGUUUUUGGCUUUUGAAAAUGACGAUUGUCAUCUGCCCUUGGCCAUGAUAUUCAUGUUAGCUCUUGCUUAUGGAGCUGUGAUCAUUCUUGGGGUCUCUGGAAACCUGGCCUUGAUCAUCAUCAUCUUGAAACAAAAGGAGUUGAGAAAUGUCACCAACAUCCUGAUUGUGAACCUUUCCUUCUCAGACUUGCUUGUUGCUAUCAUGUGUCUCCCCUUCACGUUUGUCUACACGUUGAUGGACCACUGGGUUUUUGGUGAGGCAAUGUGCAAGUUGAACCCUUUUGUGCAGUGUGUUUCCAUCACUGUGUCUAUCUUCUCUCUGGUCCUCAUUGCCGUGGAACGGCAUCAGCUGAUCAUCAAUCCACGGGGCUGGAGACCAAGUAAUAGACAUGCUUAUGUAGGCAUUGCUGUCAUCUGGGUCCUUGCUUUGGCUUCUUCUCUGCCCUUCCUGAUCUACCAAGUAUUGACGGAUGAACCGUUCCAAAAUGUGACCCUUGAUGCGUUCAAGGACAAGUACGUCUGCUUUGAUAAAUUUCCAUCAGACUCUCACCGGUUGUCUUACACCACUCUCCUCUUGGUGCUGCAGUAUUUUGGCCCACUCUGUUUUAUAUUUAUUUGCUACUUCAAGAUAUAUAUACGCUUAAAAAGAAGAAACAACAUGAUGGACAAGAUGAGAGACAAUAAGUACAGGUCCAGCGAAACCAAAAGAAUCAACAUCAUGCUGCUGUCCAUCGUGGUGGCGUUUGCGGUCUGCUGGCUGCCGCUCACCAUCUUCAACACCGUGUUCGACUGGAAUCAUCAGAUCAUUGCUACGUGCAACCAUAAUCUGUUAUUCCUGCUCUGCCACCUCACAGCCAUGAUCUCCACCUGUGUCAACCCCAUAUUUUACGGCUUCCUGAACAAAAACUUCCAGAGAGACCUGCAGUUCUUCUUUAGCUUCUGUGAUUUCCGGUCUCAGGAUGACGACUACGAGACCAUCGCCAUGUCCACCGUGCACACGGAUGUUUCCAAGACGUCUCUGAAGCAGCCAAGCCCAGUCACGCUUAAAAAGAUCCACACUGAUGAUAAUGAAAAAAUCUGAACCUGCCGUAGCAUUUGGUCCCAGGUGACGUCUGCUUAAAACCAAGCACAACCCGCAACAGACUUUAAUUCCCUGUUCUCCCAAGGAAUAGGGUUGAAAUCACUGAAGAAAGAUCAAGAUUUUCUUGUCUUGCUUCUUACUGCUUUUGUAGUAGCUGUCAUAAUUAUAUUUGGAACAAAACCUGUGGGCUUUGGAACCUUCUGGCGAUAGUUUUGACCAGACAUCUUUGAAGUGCUUUUUUGUAAACUUAUGCAUAGAAUAGAAAGGCUUUUAUAUUGUAUUUAUUAGGAGGAAAUUUCUUGAAAGUAUUACUGUUCACUGACUUUAGAAGCACUACACCUGAUGCUCUCGCUUGAUUGGGCCAUCCUUGUUCGAUGAGAUUGUCAGUAGAUUGGGCAGUCCUGGGUAAGGUUGGGCAUCAAGCUUCAGCCUGUUGCAGAGGUGAUGGCAUGCAAAAGCAGCAUUCAGGGUGUGAGCUAAAAGAGAGUCUGUGUCCUGUAUGCCUAGUCUGAAGUCAUUCAAAAGUGAUUUGCAUUUUUUUGAAAUUUUAAGACAGGAUUUCAUUUGCUCCUAAUUGAU